UUAUUAUUAUUAUAUUGUGGAAAAAUAUUAUUAUUAAACCUGUUAAAGUGUUUUUGAAGAAAAAUGUCAGAUCGAAAAGGGAAAGUUAAUCAUUGCUCGAUUAUUAAAUGAAAUAGCUGUAAAUAUUGAACUUUUUAAUAUAGAUUAAAUCCAUUUUGAAGAUUAUGGAAUAGUGUUCCCAGCUAUUAAAUAUUAAUAUGUAGGGGUACUCGUUAUAAAGUGAAUUUUACGAGCUAAUAUUAAAAGUUAAAUUGCCCACAAUAUGUCUUUUGAUAAAUUACUUUACAAAUUCGAUGAUCCACAUGGACCUGGCGAUGUUUAUUUCAUCUGGCAAAAGGGAUCAGCGGGAGCUUUAUUGGCAACCACUGGAUCAGAUGGUUCAGUGGCCAUAUUCAAUAGGCACGGACAAUUGGUAGAACGCUUAUUGUUGGCCGGAUUAUGUUCCGGAUUUGCGUGGGAUCAUGGUGGUGAAUUGUUGGGUAUUAUAAAUGCAUCUACACCUGUUAUAACUAUAUGGGAUUCAAGUACACAACUGAAAACAACAAUUGAAUCAGGUUUGCGCGAUCCACUAACUUGCAUAGUUUGGUCAAAGCAAGAACAAGUGUUGGCUGUGGGCACAGCCCGAGGCAACUUAGCAAUUUACAAUCAUCGCUCAGGCAAACGUACACCAAUUUUAGGCAAACAUAAUAAACGUAUUACAUGUGGCGCUUGGUCUGCACAAAAUUUACUCGCUCUGGGCUCAGAUGAUAAGAGUUUCUCUUUGAGUAAUGAAGCUGGUGAUACAAUGCGUGUGGUACAAUUGAGAGAUGCACCAACUGAUAUGUAUUUUGCUCAAAUGGCUAACGAAGAACGGGUUAGCGGAAGUAAUGGCAGUCUUGGAGAUGUUGGUGGUAGUCUGGCAGGUAGUCCUGGUGGAGAAAAUACAGUUAGCAUGAUUAUUGGCAAACGUACUUUGUUUCUGUAUUAUUUACCUGAACCGGACGCCCCAACGGAAUUGGGCUUUCAAAGCCGUUAUGGUUCACUGUUGCAGCACAAAUGGUUUGGUGAUGGUUAUAUUUUGUUGGGUUUCUCGAAUGGACAUGUUGUGGCAAUAUCAACGCACCCACGUGACGUUGGACAGGAAUUAUGGCAGGUGAAAAAUCAUAAAGAAGAAUUGACGGGGUUAGCCUACUGUCCAUCGUUGGAUAUAGUGGCAUCAUGUGGCGACGAUACCAUAAAAAUCCAUUCAAUUACUAAUUUACAAGAAACCGAGAAAAUCAUAACCGUACCCGACCAUUCGGGCGUGCAAAUGAUUGAUUGGUCCAGUGAUGGACAACUACUGGCAGUUACUUCCAUGGCUGGCACAGUUUAUAUAUAUGUAACUAAGCUAUCAGUACUCUAUGCCGUAUCACCACCACGUAUUGCUAUUUUGAGCAGCUUAUCAGAAGUAUCGAUUUACGUAUAUUCACCGGAGAAGUCCACUAAGCCAAUGCCAUAUCGUCUGAGCUUAAUAGAUGAGCCUAGUUUCUUGGCAAUCGGCCCCUAUUAUCUAGCUACAGGCCUUGAUAAUCAUGUGUGGUUCUAUGAUUUGGGCAAAACGCUGGGUGAUCAACCGCAAUUACUUAGUGAACGUGAUUUUCCUGCACCAAUUGUUGACUUCAAGUUGAACGCCGAUUACUGUGCUGCUUUGUGUAAUUCGCGCCUGUUACUGCAAGCUGUUGUAACCGAUAAUCCGAAUGUUAAGGAUAAGCUCUCACAAACGUUCCCAACUGCGCUGGCGGGUUUGAAUGAUGCAGUGAUAACUUGUUUUUGUUUGACGCAGGAAUUUUUAAUAUUCGCCACGGAUCUCGGUCAUCUUAUGUAUUUUUCUCUCGACAAAUGGGACGUUUGUACAAAAUACACACAUAAUAUGGGCAUACGCAAAAUUUAUUCUGAUACGGAGGGUACUAAAAUAAUAUUUAUUGAUGAACAUGGACAAGGUUAUGUAUUUCUGCCGGCCUUGGAGGAUACCGUUAUUAUAACGGACUUUCCAAAAAAGUGUGAAGGUUGCCUGUGGGAUGUAGCACAACAGCACGUUUUUAUAACAUUCGAUUCUAAAUUGGUGACCACACAUGCCUUCGUGCGUUACUCGGUUAGAGGUAAACACACACUGAAGAUUGGCGAAAGUAAACUGAACUCGGUUCAGUGUCCGCUCAUGCUGUGCGAGGGUGAAAUGGUUCUGCACAUUGAUGGCGGACAAUAUGCUACACAAACGCUGACCACUCAUUUGGUUACGCCAAGUGUAAGCCCUAGCAUAAAUUUGAAAAUGUUUUUAAAUCUCAAAAACUACGUGGACGCGUACAAGACCUGCGAGCGUAUGAAUGCACGCUCGGGUUGGUUGGAAUUUGGGGAGCAGGCAAUUGCCGACUUGGAACCAGACAUUGCGUUACGUGCAUAUCGGCACAUCGGCGAUGCCGCCAUGGUCAGUGCUUUGGAAAAUAUGCGUUAUAUAGAAGAUGUUACUAUGCUUACCGGGUUCUGCUGCCUGCUAUUGGGAAAGUAUGACGAGGCAAAAGAUUACUUCUUACGCGGUACAUAUACAAAAGAAGCGCUGGAGAUUUGCCGUGAUUUGUUGCAGUGGGAGCAAGCAUUGUUGUUGGCUCAUAAAUUCGAACCGGAUGAGGUGCCGUUCAUUGCGCGGGAAUAUGCUCAGCAACUGGAAUUUUCUGGCAAUUACGCCGAUGCACUAUAUCACUACGAGAAAGGUUACAAAGAGGAUUUGAUUAAUGAUAAUGAAGAACAGCUAAUAGACUUAUCGCCCGAUUAUGAAGAGCAUGUUCGACAAUGCAAAAUGGGUAUAGCACGAACAUCGAUACGGGCUGGGGACUUUCGGCGUGGCAUCCAAUAUGCCGUGGAACUGAAUGACAAACAACUACUUUACGACUGUGCCGAACUUUUAGCCACUGUCGGCCAUUACACCGAAGCCGCCGGUCUGUAUGAGCGCGGCGAGUAUUUCGAUGAAGCUUGCAGCCAUUACAUCCAUUUGAAAAUGUGGAACAAGGCAAACCAGAUUUUACCACAGGUAAAGAGCACCAAAUUGCACGCCGCAUACGCGAAGGCCAAAGAGGCCGACGGUCAGUAUCAAGAGGCUAUUGAUAGCUAUCGCACUGCUGGUGACUUGGACGCCUGCGUGCGUAUCUACUUGGAUCAUUUGUGUGAUCCGCAUAUGGCUUCCGAAAUUGUGCUCGAGUCACGUUCCAUGGAGGCGGCUAAGAUGUUGGCGAAAUUCUAUCAGAAAAUUGGCGACAUCGAGCAGGCACUACAGUUUCUAGUCAUAUGCGGGUGUGUAGAAGAGGCAUUCGCACUCGCUCAACGUCAUAAUAAACUCAAACAACACGGUGAACUGUUGCAGCGUUACGAGAACGCCAAGUCUAGUGAUUACCUAGCGCUAGCGCAUUACUUUGAAGCCGAGAAGUACACGUUGCUGGCGGGAAAGUAUUAUUUUUUGGCGCGUGAGUUCAGCAAAGCUUUGCGUUUUCUGCUCAAAGCCUCAGCGUUUAGCAACGAAGAGACGCAGGCGCUCUCGCUCGCUAUCGACUGUGUGGCCACAUCGAAUAACGAACAGUUGGCCACACAAUUAAUUGAAUUUCUACUUGGCGAGGUCGAUGGUGUGCCCAAAGAUCCGCGUUAUCUCUUUCGUCUAUACAUGGCACGCAAGCACUACAAGGAUGCGGCCAAGACGGGGGUUAUUGUGGCAAACCAGGAGCAGUUGGCGGGCAAUUAUAAGACGGCACGCGAUAUGCUCUUCUCAAUGUACCAGGAGUUGAGGCGUAAUAAUUUUGCAGUUUCGGCGGACAUGCGUCACAACUUAAUACUCUUGCACCGUUACACAUUGGUGCGCAUACACGUGAAGCUCGGCAACCAUCUGUUGGCCGCAAAGUUGCUGGUGCAAGUUGCCGCCAACAUCUCACAGUUUCCCGAGCAUAUUGUACCCAUACUCACCUCCACCGUUAUCGAAUGCCAUCGCGCUGGUUUGAAGAAGUCUGCAUUCCUGUACGCCUCGAUGUUGAUGCGUCCCGACUAUCGCCAUCAAUUGGAUCCACGGUAUGCGAAGAAAGUCGAAGCAAUCGUUCGUAAAGCGCCCAAGGGCAUCAAAAUGUUAAGCGAUGAUAUCGAUGUGGAGACAAUGGAAUGUCCCAUUUGCGGAACGAAUUUGCCAAAUAUGGAGGUGACCUGUCACAGUUGCAAGACAACGCUGCCCAUUUGCAUAGCUACUGGACAACAUAUUAUCAAACAGCAAAUGACAUCAUGUCCGGAGUGUGAUUUCCUCUGUUUUCGUGCAGAAAUGGAGAAAAUACUUUCCGAGUUGAAUGUAUGUCCGAUGUGUGGAGAGCAUGUUGCGCCUGAACAGCUGUUGGAUGUAGAGGAUAUACGCCCAUAUAUAUUGGCAUCUUCUUAGUGGCCGUCCGUAGUGUAGUCUUUUGGUUUUAAGCUCCAAUGUUUAGUUGUUGUGUAUAGUAAUAAGAAUGCACGUUAAUUCGCACCAUAUAUGUAUGUAUGUAUGUAUGUAUCUAUUUAUAUAAAUCGCUCUGUAAUAUCAUCUACAUUCCACAUACACACAUACAUAUGUACAUGUAAGUAUAUGUUUUCUAUUGUACAAAAAGAUUUAAUAAACCCAAUCACUUGCAUCAUCAU